AUGCACCCCUUCCUACGCCUGGUGCUCUCCCUCCCACCACACCUCAAGCUCAUCCUCCUCCUCAUCGCCGCCUUCCUCUCCGUCCCAAUCUUGUCGUCCUUGCUGUACAUCCUCGUGGGAGCGUACGGUCUUCGAUUGAGAGCGACGAAUGAACGGAGACGGAGGAUCGCCCUAGCUACGAUAGGGAUCGUCGAUCUUGAGGUCGUGAGGAAGACGAGGAUUGUGGGGUUCUUUCAUCCUUAUUGGUAUGUCAUGUGAUUGACCAAGAAAGCACCUUCCAGGGCGUCCGGGGGCUGAUCCUUGAUUCUGCCUAUGACGUGGCCUCUCUCGUUGCGGCCCAUCAGUAAUGCCGGUGGGGGAGGCGAAAGGGUGUUAUGGACCGCAGUCGCUUGUUUACAGAGGGAGGAGCCCGACUUGAUCUGUGUGGUGUAUACGGGCGAUCUGACGGCUGAACAUGAAGAUGCUCCGACUACGGGAGCCGAGCACAAAGCAAUGCCGGAACGGGUGACCAAGGACUCGAUGAUCUCUAAAGUCAAAGUCAGUUAACAUCUCAUCGCGGUUAGGAUAUCCGACUUUGGACGCCGAAAAGUAACGUUCGUGAUGACCCUGACGCUCAUCUGUUUACCAACAGGAUCGUUUCGCGAUCGCCUUGAACCCCAAAACUCUGAUCUUUGUCCGACUCGGUUCCCGACAUUUGGUCGAGGACUCGACUUGGCCUCGCUUCACGCUCUUGGGCCAAUCCUUGGGAUCCGUUAUCCUCGCGUGGCAAGGACUAGGGACGGGUGGGUUGAUACCCGAUGUUUGGAUAGGUCAGUUCGCCGGGAAUCCGAGCCGAGUUGUUUAACCCGAGCUCACACGCGAUUUAUCCACCAGACACGAUGGGCUACGCCUUCACCUACCCUCUGAUUAGGCAUCUCGGAAGGAUACCAGUUGGGUCGUACACCCACUACCCUACGAUCAGCACCGAUAUGCUUCGACGGGUCUCGGAGCGAAAGCAAGGGCAUACGAAUACGAGCCUCGUUGCUUCCAGCGCUGUCUUGACGAACCUUAAACUUUUGUACGUUGCUACUCCCCGAGUUCCGAGGGCCCUGUUCCUCUUAUUAAUCUCCCUCAUUCUUUUUCGAUAGAUACUACGUCAUUUUCGCCGAACUUUACUCGAUCUGUCUUAGGCAGUCGACGGUGCUGAUGGUCAACUCGACCUGGACGAAGAAUCACAUCGAUCAUCUCCUGAAGCCGUUCGGGUAUCGGGACGACGUCGAGCCCGAACUGCCUCCAAACGACUCGGCUGUCGCUUCGACCACAUCGACGGGAACCGAUGCGACCACGACAAUACGAAAGCGAACAGUUCCCUCGACGAUGUCGACUUCUGUCCCUGUUCCGAAACGGUUCCGGACAAGUCGGAUCGUGUACCCACCGUGCGAUACCGUUUCCCUCUGUUCGCUACCUUUGGAACCGAGAGAACCGCACAUGAUUCUUUCCCUAGCUCAAUUCCGGUCAGUCCCCCCCCCCAUUUCACACCACGGAUAAUUCCGUCCCCUUGUGAGCCCGAUCUAAAUUCCCAACACUUUUCUCUCAUCAGACCAGAGAAAGAUCACCCCGUGCAACUCGAAACGCUCUCCCAUCUCUUCCACCUCGACCCCUCCCUUCGCUCAACCAUAAAACUCAUCAUGGCCGGUUCAGUACGCCACAGCUUCGACCAAGAACGCGUUGAAACCCUACGCGAACUCGCGAAAAAUCUCGGCGUGGAAAGGAAUGUGGAAUUCGUAGUGAAUGCUUCUUAUGAUGUGUUGAAGAGGGAUUAUUUGGCCAAGGCCGGUACGGGUUUACAUACGAUGGUCGAUGAGCAUUUUGGGAUUACGGUCGUUGAAUUCAUGGUACGUUUCUCUGACCCUUCCUUGACUUGAAUCCUUGACGUUCUAUUCACGAGGACGACGAACUAAAAUCAUUUCCCUCUCCCUCUAUGUGUGUGUGUGUGUGUGUGUGCGUGUGUGUGUGUGUGUGUGUGUGUGUGUGUGUGUGUGUGUGUGUGUGUGUGUGUGUGUGUGUGUGUGUGUGUGUGUGUGUGUGUGUGUCUCUUUCAGGCGGCCGGCCUGAUCCCGCUCGUACACGCCUCCGCCGGUCCGCUACUAGACAUCGUAACCGCCUCUCCGACCGGUCAACCAACCGGAUUCCACGCCGAAUCAGCCCCAGAAUUCGCUUCCCAAUUAUUCAAGAUCCUUUCCAUGACGGAGGAGGAGAGGAAGGGGAUGAGGGAGAGGGCUAGGGAAGGGGCGGGGAAGUUUGGGGUGGGCAAGUUCGAGGAAGAUUGGUUGGUGGGUUGGAACGAAUUGAAGGAUUCGCUUCGGAGUUGA